AUGGUUUUCUGGGAAGGAUAUGUGAGCGAUGAAUUGAUGGGCACAUUUGCCCCUAUCGUGGAAAGACGAGGAAAAGAAGAAUUUGGUUCCUUUUCAACAGUUGUGAAGGGUGUUUUGCUUCAGCAGCUUGUUCAGGCAAUUGUUGCUCUCUUCUUGCCUGGCCUCUAUAUACUCGAAGAGGUUCAAGUUAAGGAAUUAAAGUAUAGAAUAGAAGCCAUUAUAUUGCUAGAGCUUGGCUAUUGCUUCUUAAAUGAUGUCUUAUUGACUGAUAAUGAUAUGCUUGCUGGAACUUUGCAGUUGACCACAACGACAAAAGCAUCUGGGGUUGUAGAGCAACCUUCUAUCGCCAAGCAAAUCUUGCAGUUCCUUAUUGCGAUGUUUGUCAUGGACACAUGGCAGUACUUUGUCCAUCGGUACAUGCAUCAGAACAAGUUUUUAUAUCGCCAUGUCCACUCUCAGCAUCACAGACUGGUUGUUCCGUAUGCAAUAGGAGCCCUUUACAGUCACCCCAUUGAGGGUCUUCUACUUGACACUAUAGGUGGUGCCAUCUCAUUUCUUGACCAGACCAGAGGCUUUACUAUAGGCAUUUCUCAAGUUGAUUCGAGCGUUUUUCAGUUCAUCUUGUUACUCCGCCACCCUCCUAUCAAAUGGGCCCAGAGGUCCGAUGAGAUCUACAUAACGGUUGAGGUACCUGAUGCCCAGGAUGUGAAGCUUAUACUUGAGCCAGAAGGAAAAUUUUACUUCUCUGCUACUCGUGGUGCAGAAAAGAUUCCUUAUGAAUUUAACCUUGAUCUGUUUGACAAGAUUGAUGUGAAGAAUAGCAAAACUACUAAUGGUUUAAGAAAUAUGUUCUACAUAGUGAGUAAAACUGAGAGCAAAUGGUGGAGUAGAUUGUUAAAGCAAGGAGGAAAACCUCCAGUAUUUUUGAGAGUAGAUUGGGAAAAGUGGGUUGACGAAGAUGAGGAGCAGGAAGAAGAUAAACCUGGAACUGACAUGGACUUUGGCAACUUUGCUUUUUCUAAGCUGGGCAUGGGUGUGGGUGAGGAUGAUGUGGAAGACGAUCAUGAUGUUGGAUUUGAUGAGAGUGAUGCAAAAGAGCUCACAGAUCAAGCAUCAGGUAAAAAUAAACCUGACAAUGACAAUAAAAGACUCAAUGGGCAAUGGUUCUAG